AUGGCUGGUGCCAAGGGCAAGUCUGUGCUGAUCAAGUUGGUAUCUGCGGCGGGUACCGGUUACUUUUAUGUUACCCGAAAAAAUCCGCGAAACGUUCCCUACAAGUUAUCAGUCAUCAAGUACGAUCCGCGCGUUGGCCGGCACGUGGUUUUUAAGGAGGGUAAGAUGAAGUGA